AUGCCGCACAUACAGUUCGGCAACUCAGACGACUCUGACUCCGACUCCGUCCUCAGUGGCGCUAAUUGCACCGAUUCGAACCUCCCAUUCCCCAAGCCUCUGUCGCGCUCAUCAUUCCUCUCCCCGACCUUCGACCCCGCCACCUUCCUCUCCUCUCUCACAAACCGCCACCAGACCCUCUCCGACCUACAAACUGAACUACGUGAGCUUAGCCAGUCGCUCAACAACGAGCUCCUCGACCUUGUCAAUGAGAACUAUCAGGACUUUCUGUCACUGGGCAGCGCGCUGAGGGGUGGCGAAGAGAAGGUUGAGCAAGUUAGAGUCGGGCUGUUAGGGUUUCAGAGGGAUGUUAAGGGACUGCGGGAUUUGUUUGAAAAGAGGAUUGGGGAGAUGGCGGAGUUGGUAGAGGAGAAGAAAAAGCUGAGGAAGGGGAUUAUGGUUGCGCAUGAAUUGUUGGACGUUGAGUAUAGUAUUGGAGAGUUGGAGGAGUCGCUUAUGAUUGUUGAUGGACGUGGGGAGAAAGCUUCGGGGACUGAUGAUGAUGAUGAAGAUGACUCGGAUUGGAUUAUCGAGAGUGAAAUGGAAGAAAGUGACGGGGGCGGUGAUGGUGGUGAUGCUGCUGGGAGUGGGAGUGACGGUGGUGGCGCACCAACCGUGUCCUUGUCCAGACUGGAACGACAUAUACAAAAGUAUCUCUAUAUCAGGACGAUUAGUGGGAGGGUGGGUGAUAGUCAUCCUUUCAUUGCCCAGCAAGAGGGCAUGAUGGGGAAGAUAAAAACCGCGUUGUUGCUGGAUUUGAAAAUUGCCUUGCGACAAGCGAAGAAUCGACCGCAAAGGCUCCAGGCCGUUACGCGCUUGUAUGAGCUGCUUGGGGGAAGAGCGCAGGAUGGUGACAGUGUAGAAACUGCGAUGCAGUAG